AUGCCCAGCAACGGCGAGGGCAGCAGCCAGGUUGUGUUGAACUCUCCAGUCGUCGAGAUCUCCAUCCUGCUGGAAGCUCAAGGCAAAGUAUCCGUGGCCACUGUUUCGGAUUUGGCAGAACCUAUUCUUGUCAGACUGAGCGAUGCCUCACAGCAGCCACAGGAUGUUUGCGCUUUUUUCGAUCACACUUCACGCGCCUGGAGUUCCGUGGGACUGCAGGCGAUUUCCGUGAAUGACUUGAGCGGGAGGUGGUGUCAAAGCACCCAUCUGUCGAUGCUCGCCAUCGUGCACGUGGUUCCGUUUGAAGGUCUCAUCGCCGAGCCAGACACCAGCUUCGAGUUGACAUCCAUAGCUCUUGCUUGUGCCAGCCUCUUCGCAGGGGGUGGCGUGCUGUUCCUCCUUUGGUACUAUCGAUGCAAACCGGCACGUGGGGGCUCUGUGCAAAUCCAGGGUAAGGGAGAUCAGACCUUCGUUGUUACAUAUUCGCGCUCCACAAGAAGUGCUGAACAUGAACCAGACGAGCCCAUGAAGUCAAUUUCCACGAAAUCUUUGAGCUUCAUACAGGCAUUUCGGUCCGAGGCUUCGGCUUCAGCCGCCAGCAAGGUCCACGUUGAGUGGAACAUCCAGGCGAAUGAUUGGAAGACCCGACUCCACGACUUGGAGGGGUGGACGGGCGACUUGAAGCAACACCACGCAACACAGGCUGCAGAAGUGCUGCGGGGGCGGCCGGGUACAGAAGCCCCCAAAGAUGCACCAGAUUUGCUUGCCGCGCUGAAGCGUGCAGAGACGGCAGCCAUGGAAGAGGCUGAGCGACUGGAGUUCUUGGUCGAGGUAGAUCCACCCGUGCCAUUGGAUUCUGUGCAAGUGGCCGAAGAUCCUCAAAAGGCGGCCAUGCCAUCCUUCUACGAGAACGGAGAAGCUGUUCUCUACUUUUCGAUCACGAAUCAAUGUUGGCUGGUGGCACAGAUCCAUGGGGACCCCGCAUGGAUGAACUCAGAAGAGCAGAUUGACCGCGAUUUUCUUCCCACAGGCGAGCUUCCUCACUACGACUGCAUCAUACCGGGUCCGAAGCAGCUGCGACAUCGGGUUCCCCUUAGCCAGCUCCGACAGAGAUUGCGAUGUGGGGAAUCCGUUCACGUCCAUGUAGAGGAGAUGACUCACGGGCGGAGAAGCAGAGCAAGCCGGACGUGGUCUUGGAAGUCCGGCCACAUACACAAGAUCCCUCCAGUUGCCAUGUCGACAGUCCAUCCUUAUGCGGUGACCCUUAGCUCAGGCGACAAGAUCAAUGUGGACCUGGGAAGAAUUCGCCGCUUCUACGAGACAGGCAGCCGCGUGCGUGUCUUUCGAGGACGACAUGGUUGGCACUACGGAACCGUGUUUGAGGACGCCGUGGAAGCAGCAGCGACAACAUCAGAUUCAUCGUUGGCCAAGAGCAUGGAAAGCGAUAAUGCAGACGAGCACAUCCAGGUUCGACUAGACGACACGGACGAUGUUGUCCCUGUGUCGUGCUAUCUUGUAUACGGCGGUCUGCUUUCAGUUUAA